AUGCAGCUCUCUCUUGCCCUGUGUCUCGUUUGCUUGCUGCUGCAGGCCGCCUUCCUUGGGGGGACAGGCCAAGGAUGGCAAACCUUCAAGAAUGAUGCCACGGAAAUCAUCCCAGAGCUGGGCUUGUACCCAGAACCUCCGCCAGAUCUGGAGAACAACAAGACCAUGAACCGGGCAGAGAAUGGGGGGAGGCCACCCCACCACCCCUUCGAGACCAAAGAUGCAUCCGAGUACAGCUGCCGCGAGCUGCACCUCACCCGCUACGUGACUGACGGGCCUUGUCGCAGCACCAAGCCGGUCACCGAGCUGGUGUGCUCGGGCCAGUGCGGGCCGGCGCGCCAGCUGCCCAACGCCAUCGGCCGCGGCAAGUGGUGGCGCCCGAACGGGCCCGAGUUCCGUUGCAUCCCCGACCGCUACCGCGCGCAGCGGGUGCAGCUGCUGUGUCCGGGGGACGCGGCGCCCCGAACCCGCAAGGUGCGCCUGGUGGCCACGUGCAAGUGCAAACGUCUCACUCGCUCCCACAACCAGUCGGAGCUCAAGGACUUCGGGCUCGACACUGUGCGGCCGCACAAGGGCCGCAAGUCACGGCCCCGGGCCCGGGGUGCCAAGGCCAACCGGGUCGAGCUGGAGAACGCCUACUAG